CGCAAAGCUUGUGGUUGGUCAUAACAAGGACCUGAAUUAUUGACUUGGAAUAAUUUGUUCCUAAAUUUGUAGAAACUGCAGCAAUGCUGUUCCGUAGAGCUAUAGCGAACCUGAAGAGGUACCAUGGUGUCAUCCCCCAGAUCACCUUCAUCUGUUUGGGAUUGGGGGGAGCCUUUCUAUAUCUGAUCCGCUUGGCCAAAGGACCCUAUGUUGUCUGGGACAAGACCAAUAACCCUGAGCCAUGGAGUAAACUCGACCCCACAUACCAGUACAAGUUUCUGGCCGUUGAGACCGACUACAAAAAUCUGAAGAAGGAGGGACCCAAGUUCUAAAUCUCACAAACCAGAGUGAGAAAAUCACAGAAAGUCCUGAUCUAUGGUCCAGAUUCAUUUUCUGCUCCCUCCUUACUGCCCGGGGCAGAUCUAGAAAAUUUUGAAUGGGGUGGCCAGGCUGGGGCACAGACUGAGAGAGGGGUGGCACAUUUGAAAUACAUGUAAAAAGUAAAUGAAUCCAUAGUUCUAUGAAAUAAUCGACCAUACAUUUUUAAGAAUCAAUGUGAAAAUAAGACAGUGUUAUUGUUAGCUAACUUUGGCUGUGGUCCUUAUUUACCCCAGCCCACACCGUACUCCACACUAACACAGACAA